UGCGGUGCAUUCGUAUCCGUACGUCAAUGCAUUUUUUUUUGCUUCGUGUCUCCAGCUCGCAAAAAUGAGAACCCAAAAAAGUUGUGCCCCGUGAAAAUUCGUAAAAAUCCGUGCAAAAAUCGUGCCGAACCAAGUGAAUUGUAGUUCCUUUUGUAGGGUAGUUUAGUGGUUUCACCGGCGACAGGAUGGCUCCGGGAUCCAAUAACCAGAAUAAUAACAACAAUAAUCGGCAAACGGGGACCAGGCCGAAGAUCAAAGCCUCGAAGAAAAACUCCGUUCCCCGUGAGGUUGUCGCCCCGACCAGGCGGGAUCUCCAGCAGCAGCUCAAUGUUCUCGUGGAUUGGGCAACGGUAUCUGGAGCAGCCGCCGCAGUUGCUAAUAACCAUCAACAACAGCAGCAGCAAGGUCACUUGCACUCGAAUCCCCAUCAAUCUUCGUCGUCGGCAGGUGCUACCGGAGCAGUGGGAUCCAGUGCCAGCGCAGGGAAUCAUCAGCAGAACUUCCUGCUGAAGCCGAGAAACAACCGAACGCCGGGCGAAGGGACGUGUUACGAAAUUGACAACCUCGCUCUUCAGGACAACAGCCGUUAUAUCCCGGUGCGUCCGAUAGUCCGUCGAAAUCUGCUGAGCGAAAGCAGUGGUGCCGAACAGGGCGAACCGCACAACACAGCCGUAGGAGUGGUCAUUCCUACAACGCCCAAUUCUGGCCUACAAACGUUCCGCCUCAACGACACCGGUGUCGGUGGAAGUAGCGGUCCGACAGCAUCGAACAUCAACAAUCUGCUGAACAAUUCCGGCAGUCAGAAGCACAUUCUGAAUCCGUUCCAUCCACAGCAUCAACAGCAGCAACAACAACAGCAACAGCAGACUUCGAUUCCGAAUCUUCGAGCGUCGCCGUUGAGUUCCCGGGUUCCGGACGGCGCAUCACAGAAUCAGCUGAAUCUCAACAAGAACUCGAACCAACAGCAGCAGCAACAACUGCACGGAACGGCAAUUGGUGGCGCUGUAGGCGGAGCCAAUCUCUCCAAGGCGAACGUCGAGGACAAGCUUCAUCAAAUUCAGGAGUACAUUAAAUUGACUACGAAUUUGAUCUCAUCGGUCCAGCUGGAUAACCAGAAGAAUAAGAAGGAAUCGCAGGCAGAGGUGGAGAGCGGUUAUAGUGCCAGACUCCCAGACGGCGUUCGACAUCCGAUGGGUGACGAAAGUUGCUAUUUUGUGCCGAUAAACUCCACCAGUUUGGAGAGCGUACGGCUGAGCGAAUCUGAGUUGAACGGUCCUCGACCGCAGUCCGUUCAGAGCAUCAGCACCACACAUUCAGCAACGCCGGUGCAAACGCCAUCGUACGACGAUCUGCGCUUCAAAAUGGAAAGCCAGAGUAAGAGUAUGCAAGCUUUGAAGGAGCAACAAGCACAUCUGCUGCGAUUGCAGCAAGCGGCCCGGCUACAGCUGCAGGAAAUGGAAGCAAUCCGCAAUCAAACAGCGAGUAGUCUUAUGCCGCUGGAUAGCUUUGAAUCGGUGGAACAGGUUCAGGAUGGGAUCAGCGGAAUUAUGGAGCGUAUGCGGGUGCUGGCCACGUUCAUUCAGAAUCAGCAGGAACUGGGGAAUAUGCUCGGCGGGGAUAACGAAGACGUACUGAACGAGCAGGUGAUGUUGCAACAGAAGUUUAAAGAGUUGCGAGACAAGAAGGCACAGAUGCAUAACUUGGUAUCGGAACUGCAGAAUCUGAAUGUGGAGGCGAGUAGGCAUUUUGAAGGAGGAGCGUCGAAGCCGGUUGAGCGUAACAUUCCGAUUGAACUGACAAACGUUCCGGCAUCGGCUGCUGAUAUGCGACAAGCGACAAAGACUUUCAACCACAGUAGUGCUGAUCACCAUGGUAUGAUGAAUGGGGCUGGAUCACGCGGCGGUUCUAUCACUCCCAAAGUGGAAAAUGUAACUGGAGAUCGCGUAGGAAAUAUGCAUGCAGAAGAGGAUGAAGAAAAUGCGGAAGCAGUGUCCGGAACAGCCGAGAUACUCAACGAGAAGAUCAAUGAGAUCAAUGCAAUGAAGUCGCAGCUAAGGAGGUUGAAAGAAAUGAUGGAUACAGUGAAGUUGAUCGAAAUGAAAACCGGAGAAUCAAUCGACGAAGAGGAGGAUGCCCCGGAAGAGAACGACGAAAAUGCGGAUUCAGUUGAGAACUCUCGUUCUCCAAGCGUUGCAAGUCAAAUCAGCGAUCAUGGGGCAGCAGUUGGUGGAUCUGCGGACCCCAGACGUGAGCAGUUGAAUCAAAGAGUUGAAGCGCUUCACGCCAUGACCCGUGACUUACGGGAGCAAGCCAAAUCGAUCGCCGCGGAACGAGACGCUUUGAAGAACGCCCAUACCGAAAUUCAGAGGCGCCGCAAUAAUGUGGAGGAACUUCAGCAUCAGUCGGAGGCACAAACUGCUGAAAAGUUGACUAACCACGUGGCCUCAUUUGUGUCGUCGAUUCCCCCAGGCCCCAAAGAACGCCAACAGAUGGCUUUGAAGGCGGAACUCGAACAGAAAAAGCGUGAACUCGAGAGAAUAGCCAACAUGACACAGAGCAUUAAGAAAAACACCGAGCUCUCCCGACACAACACGGAAGUAGCUCCACCUAAAGUUCCUUCGGUUUCCUCCGCGGAUUCUCUCCGAUCUCAGAGUCAACCACCGGUGAUUCCACCUCCCCCUGCGGCAUCCGCGGUGAAUAACACGGCUGGAAGCAACAUUACCAACCACUCGAAGAACUCGGCAGACUCCGGUGUGACGGACAUCUUUGCCAACGCUCAGCUCGAGUCCGGUAGCUAUCAAUCCAGCAGCACCCGUAGCCUGAAUAUGGUCCCGCCGAUGCCGGACAUAUGCAAUCGGCCGGAACGGUAUCGCAAAUCGGAGGACGUUGGCACUACGACCACCGUCCGAACGGACCGGACCUCGCCGUGGCCAGCACACCUGUUCAGUGGAGCUGGUCCCUCCAGCUCCAACACGGGCCCCCAGAGUCCCCACUUCCAUCCGCAUUUCGCCGGGUCGGAUAUCCACGUUAGCUCCGCGUAUCCAAACUACAACACAUAUCCGGCGUACGCGAACCUGCUGCCACCACAUACGCCGACUUCGGCUCCACCACCACCGGAUCCGUUGAUGUUCCAGCACUUCAUGCAGACGCAGCAAAUGCUGAUGAAUUCGAUCACCCAGUGCAACCAACUGCUGUGGAUUCAACAGCGCGAGAUCAACAAUCUUAACAAUGCUGUGUUGUUGCUCCAGGAACGCAUUCUCAACAGUGCUAACAAUAGCAUACUGAUGAACGACAGUGGGCUUCUUCCAGGAACCGGUUCCCACAUUCGAGCGGAAUCAACGCCACCAAACAACUCGCUGAAUUCGGCCCCCAGCAUGACCGGAUCCCUGUACGGCCGCGCUCGCUCCGAACAACCGCCAAUGGUCCAUCAGCAAGGCCCAACGUCCCCAUACCACACGACAAUCCCAUCAUCUCUUCACCAACCAGCUUAUGGCAACCUCAUGCCUUCCAAUCAAUUCCCAACGUUCACCACCCCGUCAUCCACUCAAUCACAGCAGCCCCAUCUUCAGCAAUCGAACCAGCAAUACUCCAUCAAUCAGCAAAUCCAACGCAAUAACACUAACAUGUCCAACUCUAACGCUACAGCAAACAGCAGCAGCAGUAGCCACCGCAGCUAUCGCAAUCUCAGACACGUUAACAUUAACACCGCUAACAACGCCAUCUACGAACAGCAGCAUCAGCUGCACCAGCAAUUGUACGAUCAUCACGUACCGCUCCACUCGAACAACUACGCCAAUCAAAACGGAAAUGGAAACGACGAUUCCAGCAUGCCACCCCAGCAACAGUUUAACAAUGCUUCCGCCGGUGGUGCCGGCAGUCUCGGUCCUUCGAAUAUGAUUAACAAUUUGGCUAAUGGUCCAACAGGUGGCGCCAGCAUGGCACCACCUCCUCCUCCAUGCCUAAAUAAUCUGAACAACAGCAGCAAUCUAAACAGUAACAAUAUCGCCUCGCAACAACAACAGACGACGACACAAGCGCUGAACAAUCAGGUGCUGCCGGGAGUGCGCGCCAACAACUAUUGGGACAACUUCCGAAGUUACUCGAGACAAAAUCUCCUGUCGAGCAAUAGUUGUAAGAGCAACGAAGAUUCCUGUACGUUUAGCUCGGGCAGCUGCACCAACAACAAUAUCAACAAUCAAAUCCAGCGCAACAACAGCAAUGUCAACAAUUUCAACAACAGCAAUAACGCAUCCACUAGCACUGCAACUGGUGGCGCGGCUACUGGAUCUGCAACCGGUACCGGAAACAAGUACCCUCACAAUUUCAAUCGGAACAAUUCCUUCAGUAACAUCAAUCAGCAGUCAGCUUCAUCCGACUUGGGUCCAAAUUUGCAGCAACCCAGUGCAUCCUCGCAUAAUCCACCAUCCUCGCAGCACUUUCAAACGAUUUCCCAAUCUCAGCAGCAGCAACAGCAUCAACCCCAGCAAGAUGGUACCCAGUUUCAACCGGUAUCAGCACAAUCGUCGUUCCAUCAACAUCAAACUGGCCCUCAGCAGCAGUCGCAGCAACACCAUCAUCAUCAACAACAGCAACAACAACCCCAACAGCAGCAGCAACAGCAUCACCACACUCCGCUAAGCCAGUCGACGUCGUUCGACCUGGGUGAGCUGCAGUUCCACACCAAUCCCAUCAACUUGGGUUUGGCCAACAAGAGCGGCCAUCCGAAAGCCAGCGGCAACAAGAAGUAUCCGCUGUCGUUGCGAUCCUGUCGCGAUGGGAACAAUCUCGGGGGCGAGGGUAGCUCGAACUUCUACGGAGUUGGGGCCCACGCGGAGAUGGUAAGCGAUCUGAAUCUGGCGACGGCGAGCAACUAUCAGCACGAUUCCAAAUCAACGUCCAAGCUGUUCGAAGCGCUCAAGGAGAACGUCUACCAAGAGGUGAAGAAUCUCAUCACUGCCAACGAGUCCCGGCCGCACUUCCUGAUUCAGCUGUUCCGGGAGCUCCAGCUGAUCUCAUCGGAUCCCCUGCGCCAACGGACGCUGCAGUCGAUCCAGGAGUUGUAUAAUCGCUACAUUGAAUCCACCCUUCAGCAGGAACAGCAACAGGAAGGAGGCCAUGUGAAUAACGUUGGUAGCAACAAUUUGCUAUCGUCGUCCGGUGCCGUGGGAGGAGGAGGAGGCGGACAGCAAUCUGCGUCGAACGGCGUUGGAGCCGAUGCUGAGAACUUGGAAGUCGUUGAAGUUGCGCAGAAUUUCACAAAUGUUCGUCAACAGCAGUUUCAGUUUGCUCCUUCGGCGGAGAGUAGCCCAAUUACCGGAGGAAGUGGUUCCGGUGUGAAUGGCAAUCUGAGUGCGCCUACCAAGGAUUUGGAUGCAGGCGAUUUGGGAGGGAUAGCUAGUUCGGAGAUAAUCAGCAUUAUAAUGGGAGACAUCGUGGGGGUGAUCAAUUCGGUGGACUACAUUAACGAUUCGGUGCUGUGCAAGAUUGCAGGGGUGAUUUGCAAUCAUGCCACUGGAGCUUCGAAUGGACUGUUCCAGCAACUUCCGGCUCAACAUGAUCCGGAACCGGGCUUGUUGGGCAGCCCGAUGGGGCUAGGACCGUCCAUGGCUGCCUUCUUGACGCAGAAUGAGACUGAUGUUUUUAGUAGAGAGGACUUUUUGAGAUACCUGGAGAGCUGGAACCGUACCGAUAAGGACGAAUUUAUAUCGAAUUUGGAGAACUUGUUAAACAACAUCUUACUACGAUCCUCGGCGGCAGAAGGCGAUGCCGCAGCGGUUUCCUCAUCCAACAUGAAUGGCGAUGAAGAAGAACAGAUGAGAUCUCAACAACUGCAACAACUCCAGCACGACUCCCUUUCCACCGGUGACAUCAGUAAUGACAACAAUGAGGCUUUGCAUUCGUUCGGUGGUCAAGGUGGUGAGAAUCCUUUUGCUCCCCAAGUGUCCACUGCCACGGGGGGUGCCGUCGGUGGCGGAAGCACCAGCCGAAGAGUGUACGGAAUAUCGGAAAGUGACAAGAUGUCCAACGGGAUCAGCAGCAGUUCGAACGGCUAUGCCCUGACGACCUACGAUCUGGCCGAAGCGGAUCAGAUUUGCGACAUGGACAAAGUUCAUCCGGUGGCGGUGCUGGGCGGUGACAUGGCAGGAGGAGCUGUUUCAAACAACGGAACCGGUGUUGAUCAGAUUACGCUACGCAGCGACGAAAACCGCCGCUGGGUGAUGCAGAUGGAUGAACAUUUCCAUCGGGAACACUCGCUACAACACCAGCCAUCGCGAGGAAGGCCCAACGACAACGGCCGACAGGAUGAGGACAAUGAAGGCAGCUUGGAUCCAGAGGAACAGCUGCCGAUAUUUUACUGAGACAUACACUGUCACCACUGUUGCUUUGGCCUCGUCCGUCGGUGCUGGAACGAGUCCCGCAGGUUGCCUGCUGCCGUCAUCGCGGUGAUGUUGAAGAUGAUCUCAAACAAUGCGCAGGAAACGAACGAGGCUGUCGAGUGUGAUCAACGACCUCACCCGCCACCACCACCAUUGCUACAAUUCUGUCGCGGUUGUUGGCCUGACGCCGACCACGGUUCGUUCCUGCUGCAUUUGCUGUGUGUGAUAGUUUCCGUUCUUUUCAAGCGACGCCGUCGCUUCCGUUACUGACUGUUGCUGGGAGAGGAAAGGUGGGUAUGAAAAAUGCGCAACUUUUAUUUCUUUAAAUAUUUAUUCUCUAGCAAGCGUUAAGUACCUAAAUUACUUAUCAUACCUAGCAAUCAUACACAAAACAAUCAAUCGGCUCUCUGGGACAAAAUUUUUACGCAGAAUCAAGCUCGAAGCUCAAUAUCCAUUGUUAUUCCUAUAUUUUGUCACGAUUCGCAUUGUAAUCCUAUUUUGAUGAUUUUGAUAAAUACCUAUGCUUGUUUUGACAUGGUAUUACUAUGCGAAUAGCGGCAAUGCAUACAGGUACUAAUUGCCACACUCAUACUCAAUUAUAUAGUAACGAGCAGACGAUAAAUUACAAAAAUAUUCCUUUCAAAAUCACAA